AUGUCUGAAUACGACCUCGAGGAACCGCUUACCUCCACGGCAAGACCACUCAACGACUCCGUUAUCACGGUCCGCAUCAUCAAGUCGUUCCCGUACCGGAACGUGAGAAACCAUGUGUUCCAGCACGUUGACCUCGUGAACACCACCGCCAAACAGUUUUUCGACACCAUCCUGGAGACCAUCCGUACCGAGGGCAGUCUCCGGCCUUAUCGGAAUGUCGAGUACGACACGCUCAAGAUCUACACGCACGCCCACGCCACGAAGACAAUGAACCUCGUCAUCAACAUGGACCACGACGACGACUGGGUGCUCGACCUCGACGACGCCUCCCGCAAGCUUGUCGACUACGGCAUGGCGAACGAGACCGAGGUCAGCAUCUACCGCAGGGCCGACUACGACGCCUACGUUGCCAACCCGGUCGACAAGUGGUGCUGA